AUGACUUUAAGACCACGUAAAAAUCAGGUCAAAUACAUCGAUGAUUCCGUACUUAUUCAAAAAGAUACUAGUGCUUAUAAUCGAUCCGAUGAUGUAUCUAAUUCAAAAAAUAUACAUACAAAAAAAUUAUCAUCAAGUAUAUCAAGAAAUUUUUUCGAUGUAACUAAACUAAAAGCUGCACAAGAUCAAGAUAUUGAGAUACAAAACAUCAUUCGAAAUCUCAGUUCAACACAUCAUCAAGCUUCAUUUGUACUAGGAGAUAAUAUACUUUAUAAAAUAAUUCCAUUUGAAAAAUCUUCUAAUCAAAAACUUAAAGUUGUAUAUUUACCAUCUUCAAUGAUACAUUCUUUACUACGAGCGUGCCCUGACGAUCCUAUGUCAGGUUCUUAUUUCUCUACAGACCGAAUGUAUUAUAAAAUUCGUAAUCAAUUUUGGUGGCCACUCGUAAUAAAAAAACAUGGUCACUUACGUUCUAUACCUCUACCAGAAGGACCAUUUGCUUUAAUAGGCAUGGACUAUUGUGGAUCUUUACCUAGAACUCCUCGUGAGAACCAAUCUGUCCUUGUCAUAACUGAUUAUUUUACCCGUUAUAUAACUGCAGUUGCGUUGCCAAAUUGUACCGCAGAAAUAAAGGCGGAAGCUUUGUUUAAUGAAUAUUUCUGCAAGUUUGGCAUACCAUUAGUUAUACUAAGUGAUCGAGGAUCACAUUUUCAAAAUAAACUGAUGGAAAAUUUGCAAAAACUUAUCGGAUAUAAUCAUAUUUAUAGCACCUCUUACCAUCCUCAGACGAAUGGCGUUGUUGAACGUUUUAACGCUAACUUUGCAGCUCAAAUAUCAAAACUACAAAAUAGCCAAAGUAAUAACUGGGAUGAGUUCCUUCAGGCAGUCAUAUUUGCUUACAAUACAGGGGUGCAUAAAUCGACAAAGUUUUCUCCGUAUAAGUUUGUAUAUGGUCGUCCUGCUAGACUAUCUAUACACGCACAAUCGACACAAUUUACUUUUAAUAAACCUAUUAACUAUUUCGAGCAGUUAAAAAAGACCUUACGUAUAUUUCAUCAGGCUUCUAAAGAUAACAUUUUACUUCAACAACAAGCCUCUCAAACAUAUUAUAAUCUUCAUCGUCUUAAUCCUCGCUUAGCAAUAGGAGAUAAAGUGUUAACACGUAUUUUUGGGUCACGAGCUAAAUUAGAUCCAAAAUUCUCAUCUAUACCUAAAAUAGUUGUUGAUAUUCAUCAUCCUAUCUAUAUAGUAGAAGAUGAACAUACACAUAUAAGAUCACAACUACAUAUAAAUGAUCUUAGACCGAUUCUUGCUAUGUAA